AAUAGUUCUCUGCUCAAAAGCCAAAAUACGAAAAAAAUUAAAAGGGAGUUUCUGACGUGGUAUCAUCAGUCGAUUCGAACGUGUAAUACGGUGAAUGUUAAACCGUAGAUAAACCCUAGCUCACCGGCCGUCGAAAGCAUGAAUCAUCUUCUUCUCCGUCUUGUCCGUCCAAAGCCAAAUUACAUUCUGAGGAGCUUCCCUUUCCACUCAACAACCGUACCCCACGACACUCUGCAGCGUCGGGUGGCCAGGGCCGGUGAUCCCUCUGCUUCGAUUCUCAGAGUGCUGGAAGGAUGGCUUGAUGAAGGUAAUCCGGUCAAGACUUCGGAGCUCCACUCCAUCGUCAAGAUGCUCCGCAAGUUCAGCCGCUUCUCCCACGCCCUCCAGAUAUCAGAUUGGAUGAGUGAGCAUAGAGUUCAUGAUAUCUCGGAAGGAGAUAUAGCCAUUCGCCUCGACUUGAUCGCCAAAGUAAAUGGUCUCGGAGAAGCCGAUAAGUUUUUCGAAAAGAUUCCUAUCGAGAGGAGGAACUACCAUCUCUACGGCGCGCUCUUGAACUGCUACGCCAGCAAGAAGGUCUUGCACAAAGCUGACCAACUCUUCCACGAGAUGAAAGACCUCGGCUUCCUCAGAGGCUGCCUUCCCUACAACGUCAUGCUCAACCUCUACAUCAGGUGCGGCAAAUACGCUUUGCUCGAGAAGCUUCUCCGCGAGAUGGACGAUGGGAACGUCAAGCCUGACAUCUUCACGGUCAACACGCGCCUCCACGCCUACUCUCUCGUAUCUGAUGUAGAGGGAAUGGAGAAGUUUCUUACGGGGUGUGAGUCUGACCCUGGACUUGACCUUGACUGGCGGACUUACGCUGAUGCUGCAAACGCCUACAUUAAAGCCGGUUCGACCGGAAAGGCGAUGGAGAUGCUGCGUAGAUCAGAGCAGUUGGUGAAUCCUCAGAAACGAAAGCAUGCCUACGAGGUUCUCAUGUCGUUCUACGGCGCUGCUGGUAAGAAACAAGAGGUCUACCGUCUAUGGACCUUGUACAAGGAGCUUGGUGGGUUCUUCAACACUGGAUACAUAAGCGUGAUCAGCGCGCUCUUUAAGGCGGAAGAUAUCGAGGGUGUUGAGAAGAUUAUGGGAGAGUGGGAAGCUGGACAUUCUCUAUUCGAUGUCCGGAUCCCGCAUUUGUUAAUAACGGGUUAUUGCAAGAACGGGAUGAUGGCAAAAGCAGAGGAGGUAGCAAAGAUGGUGCUCCAGGAGACAAGCACAUGGGAGAGGUUAGCUCUGGGUUACAAGAUGGCGGGGGAGAUGGAGAAGGCGGUGGAGAGAUGGAAGAAGGCAAUAGAGGUGAGCAAGCCAGGGUGGAGACCACACAAGGUUGUGCUGAUGAGCUGUGUGGAUUAUGUGGAGGGUCAAAGAGACAUGGAGGGUUUGAGAAAGAUUCUGAGGCUGCUAAGCGAGCGAGGACACAUUUCUUACGAUCAGCUACUCUAUGAUAUGAAGGAAGCUGGUGGGGGACUGGGUUGGAAGAUAGUCAAUGCAAUGGGAUCAAGUCAGGUUCAAGAUUAAGGAAGCACAAGUUAGAUUGUAGCCAGAACAAAACAUUGGAGUCUUGCUUGAUAGACCAUUUGGAUGCUUAAUUCCAUAUAUUAUGAGUUUUUUCUUUGGGCCUAA